GCACGUGCCCCAAACCUGCGCACCAUAACCAAAAUAACCAGAGCAGAGAAACAGAGAGCGAACUCCAGAGCUCCUCGGCUAUGGCGGACGACGACGACGACGAUUUCUUCGGGGACUUCAAAUUCGCUUCAACGCAACCUAGUGUCGCCCCAGCCACAACCACCACAAUCAAUUCUAGUUCAAACACCAGCGGCGGCGAUUCCUUCUCCGACGACGAUUGGGGCGACUUCGUAACCACCCGUUCAAAUCAGAUCAAAACUGGAUUUGAGCUCUUCAACGGAACCAACGGCCAAUCUCCUUUGGGGAACUCGGUGGACGACGAAUCGGCGGCGACUCGGGGCGAAUCGGAGGCGCCGAGUUGGGUGAAACCUCGGGGAGCUCUGCCGCUAUCUUUGUUCGGAGAAACGGAGGAGGAGGAGGAAUCUGGUGCGGGCGAGCCUACGGUUGGUGAUGGUGCGCCGAUCUUCUUUCGCAGGAACGAUGGUGAUGAUGCGAAGAAGGGCUCGGGUUUGAAUGGCGGAGUCGGGAUCAGCGAUUUGCUUGCGAAUUUGUAUAGUCAGAGCCAGCAGAUCAAGGUUCAGAAUGGAUCGUAUGUGAAUUCAAAUGUGAAUGGAGCGAAUUCGAAUUCGAAUGAAUCUGGUGCGAGUGUUGAUGGCCUGAGAUCGAGCGCAAGUUCGUCGAAGUGGCAUCAAAAUGGAUUCGAUUCUUCUUUUCAUGAUGCCAAUCAGAAUUCAAACAAUUUGGGUUCUAAUAUUACGGUCAUGACUUCCAAUUUCAAUGGAUUUAGUUCAGAUUUGGUGGAACAAAGUGAGAAUUUUGAUAAUGAUGAUGAUGAAGACGAUGAUGGUUGGGAAUUUAAAGGAGCUUGCGCUGACAAACAGGAACAAGGGGCUGUUGAAUUGCCUGGACCGAAGGUGGAAACAAUUUCGGGGAAAGACCAGGAAAUUCAGGUUGAUGGCGGAGAAAGGUCAAACAUUGAGGAACCUGGACCUACAAUUGGGUUCAAUAAUGAGGCAAAUGGUCCUGUUGAUAUGUCAGUUCGAUCAGAUGAUACCCCUCAUAGAACUAAUGAUUGGAACUUUGUGUUUGAUUUCAAUCGAAGUUCUGUGACUCAAGAUAAUUUGUGGGAUUCAAACUCCAAAAGCGAGAAAAAUGAUGUGGAAACGAGGUCAAAUUUCCCUUCAGUUCGUGAGAAUGGUAAUGUUGAUGAAAACUUUUGGCAAUUUAAAGACGCAUUUUCAGAAGCUGGAAUAGUGUCUAAUUCGGAAGCAGCUAAGGUUGCUGCUCCAUCAAAUCUAGAAGGUCAAGCAUUAGAUGGUGGUGACCCUCAUGGUCCCACCAAUUUUUUUGCUGCAUCUGAGGGGACUUUUCACAAACCCCAGGAAUGGGAUGUAGCGUUUGCUUUCAACUCUAGUCCCAUGGCUGGAAAUGGUGUUGUAACAUAUACACAUUCUAGUAGCAAUCAUACUGGAAAAGGCGGGAGGUUUUCCCCAGAUAAUAGGCAUGGUCAAUCUGAUGACAAUUUUUGGGAAUUUAGUAAUGCAUUUUCAGAAACUGGAUUGAAGAAUGAGGGAGAGCCCGCAGUUUCUCCUGAUCCUUCUGCCAAUAUAAUUCCACCCGCAUUUGAUCUUGCAAAUCAGGGGAGUGAAAUAAAGUCAGAGAGUCACCAGGAAUCCUUGCCUUUGUCUAUUUUUGGUGAGGAAGAAGUGGAAACCGAUGUUUCCAUUCAUAAACCUGCCUCCUAUACAAGAAAUAGUAAUAAAGCUCCUGGAUCUAAUUUAUCCAUCAAUGAUCUAAUAGUGAGUUUAUACAGUCAAGCUCAGCAGAGCACUUCUUUAAAUGGUACACCAAAAGUAAGUGAAAAUGGGACGCCUUCUACCACAAGAGAAUUCGAAUCUGAUUUUGUCCAUGAUGAUGAUGAUUUUGAUGAUGAGUCCUGGGAAUUCAAGGACGCCUCUUUUGAAUUUAAAGCUGAAGACCAAUCUUUUGCAACUCAUUUUGAAGAUGCAACUAGUAAAUAUUCUACCAAGUUGGAGUUGCAUGAUUAUGUGGAUUUAUAUUGCAAACUGAAGGAUGGCUCUCGUGUUGUCGCUAUCAACCACUUUGGAAAUUUAAAGAGAACUCGAAGUACUGAUAGUGUUUCUGGUGAAGAAUUAAAAUUGGAAGCUCUUGGUGAGGAAAUCCAGAAAUUCCACGAUCAACUGUGUCAGGAAGAUAUGAUCUCAGAAUACGAGUCAGAGAAUCUUAGCGAGCUUCUCAAAGUUCUGGAGGAACCAAAGUUCAAAGUCCUUGAAUCUGAAUAUCAUUUAUCAAAUCAGUUGUCGCUGGCGGUGAAAGAUUUGGGAUCAGUUGUUGAACUCUUGAAACAUGUGACAUCAACGCUAAGGAUUCUUAAAUUGGGAUCAGUGGAGGAGCAAUCUGCUUAUGUUUCCACAUGGUCCAAAAUAGUCUCCGUAUGUGCUCAAGAGCUGAAACAUGGUGCCCUUAUCUGGAAGCAGGCAUUGCAAAAGAACGUCCAGGUUCGAUUUUUAUCUGAACCUCAAGGCAUCCGAUAUAUCAUUGCUCUUGGAGAAAUUUACAGGGUCGUUCAAGUUAUUGGAGCCUCUGCCAAACUUUACAAGCCAUGGGUGUUGUUAUAUACAGUGGAACCCGUUAGCUUGUUUUUUCUUCUAAAUGAAUGUACUACUCUCUGGUCAACUUCUGGGCUGGAUGAAGCUCUUCAGAGUAUCUCAGAACAAAUCGAUACCAAGUUUGAUGGAACUUUGAAGGAGCUAUUGGAGUCUAUGAAGUAUAUCCAUGAUCUUGAUGCACUUGCACUCCAAAACCAUGUUUUCUCUGGAAAUCAACCUCUCUGUCGGCUGUCAAUGUUAACGGCAGGAAUUGUGCCAGGCAACAAAAUGGUGGUUUGGGAUGGGGGGCACUACUUGCUAAAGCUCGCGAAUUUGUGGGCAAAUCUGAUCACUCCCAAUCCUCCAGAUUUACCGCACUUACACGUUAGCUAAUUGGCAAACCAUAGCAAAGUUGAGGAGAAUAUGUUGGACUGCUUGUUGGCCUGAACUGCUGUAGUAUUCUUUGUUCCGUCGGAGCGGGGCUCGGAAACAAAAUAGAGUUGCCCCACUUUGGGGCUUCAGUGUGUCGAAAAAUUCAAACGUCUUCAAGACUAAAGUCAGGCUGCAAUUCAACCUUGCAAGGUUUGACCAUCCAAUUUGCGUUUGGUACGAUGCUGCCCCAGCCUGAUUUUCUCUUCAAAGCCAAAAGAAAAGGGGAAACGAAAGUAAUUAAAUAUAUCUUAUUUUCGCUUAGCAUUCUUUUCUAUACUAUUGCAAUUUGUUCUAUUAGUAUUGUAUUAUUCUGUUAGAGCUGUAUGUUAAACUGGGUGAAUAAAAAAGGCACCCCUUUACCUAGGAAUAGAAUGUUCACUCUUCAUUCAUCUCUCAAUUUCUCAUGUAUUGUGAGCUUCGAAAAUAAACAAUGAUUCAAUAAAACUUAUUGUACGGCAUUUAAAGAAUUUCCAUUC